AUGUUAUCGCGUUUUAUUUUAUUUUGCGAUAGUCGCCAUAAGCUUGGAGAUAACAAAUGUUAAUUAUUAGAAAAAAGCGUUGAGCAAAAAUACAAUCGAAGCGACAUUGUAUACCCAGCGUGAUAAAUCGAAACACUCGACGUUUCUGAUAUAUCUAAUACUUAUUAUCAGAUAGUGGGUUCAUUUUCCUCUUCACUGGAUUCUUCUCAUUUUUAUAGCACGUGCGCUCCUAUAUUAUCGCGCAAAGUACCACGUGCAUGAAUCCGUCUUGUCGUAGGUCUCGUGUCGGAUAAGUUCCAAGUCGUACAUCAACCAGAACAUUCUGGCAGAUUUCUACAGAUUUUACGAUGUUCGAAAACCUGACAAAAUAAUUUUCAUAAUUCGGUACCCUUCAAUCUUGCUUCUAUUUAUGGGAGAGAACAACGACCGCAAAAACAGUUUCUAUGCGUGUAAAAUAUAUAGUAUCGUAGAGGAAAGCAACAAAUGACUUUUCAUUUGUGCGGAACUCGGAGGAAUCUGUACAUGACUGAUAUUCGUAGAGUUUGUUUUAUUGUUCGUUCGCACAAACAAAUUGGCGAACAAGAAUUAUGGUCAGAGUACACACGGAUGUUUUCGAAAAUUUGCGCGAAAAUCUGACGUUUCACGGGGAAAUAGAAGGAAACGUAUCUUGGCCGCCGGUGUCGAGUUUAAAAUUAAAGCGGAGACCGUGCUUCCAAGUCUUAUAUUUAGGAUGACGCGCAGGCGCGAUCCGAUUAGAAAUCCCGUGGAAGACUUAGAAUUUCUGGUUCCCUCGAAAUCCAUUUGCAGAUCGUGAUUUUCACGAAACGCUUUCGACAUCGAAGGAAUAUUUGUGAGGUGCUUUCUCGUGCAUUGCGGAAUCGUUUAACUCGUGCGCGUCACGUUGGGUCGAAAGUUAGCCAGAUUGUACGUGUAGAUCAUCAAGCAUCUCGGAAUACCCUCGCCCAAACUUUUCUUAAAGAGUCGUGUUAUUAAGUUUACGGUAAAAAAAUAAUAAAAUGGAUCUCGGGGGUGUGGAUGUCUGGGGUCAGAUCGCCGUGGAAACGUCUCAAAUGUUCGUUUCCGAGGGUGGCGUCGUUAAAAGUCGCUUCGCGGGUACAACGAUAGAAAAAUUGCCGGACAAGGUGCUAUUGAACGUCUUUAACUAUCUGUCUCAUCGCGAGAUCUGCAGAGUAGCACGUGUAUGCAAGAGAUGGAGGCAAAUCGCAUAUGAUACGCGAUUGUGGUCGCAUGUAUCUCUGCGUCCGGAAAUCAGCGGAUUACACGUAAAUUCGUUGGAUUAUCUACUGCAUUUGAUCAGCACGCGUUUUGGAGCUUCUUUGAGAUACAUAGAACUGCCGAUCGAAUUGAUCACCCAUACGGUUCUCCACGAAUUGGCGAACAAAUGCCCGAACUUGACGCACAUGCUCCUUGACUUCUCCACUGCCAUGCAAUUACACGAUUUCUCCGAAAUGCAAGCCUUUCCGACUAAACUCAAGUACAUGUGCAUUUGUCUGUCGGAGGUAAUUUUCAUGGAAGGUUUCAUGAGGAAAAUCUACAACUUUAUCAACGGUCUAGAAAUUCUUCAUCUGAUAGGAACGUACGAAAAAGUGGAAGAGGAAGAAGAAGAGAUCUACGAAGUGAUAAACGUGCAUAAAUUGAAAUCAGCGACUCCGAACUUGCGAGUGAUCAAUUUAUAUGGGAUCAAUUUCGUAGACGACUCCCACAUCGACGCGUUUUCUUCCAAUUGCAUUCAGCUUGAGUGUUUGGCCGUAAAUUUCUGCGCGAAGGUCACUGGGUCCACAAUGAAGACGUUAUUUCAAAGGAGCAGAAGAUUGAGGUGUCUCCUCAUGCAAGGAACAAAUCUCCAAAGCGACUACGUGAUGCAGGUGGAAUGGGAGAAGUCUAGUAUCCAGGAGUUGGACGUUACCGCGACAGAUUUGUCGACGGAUUGUCUGAUUGACAUGUUGACCAGAAUUCCGGGUCUUCGCUUCCUGAGCGCGGGCCAGUUGAACGGCUUCAACGACAGCGUGUUGAAAGCGUGGGCCGAGGCCGGGAAUCCGCGAAACCUUAUCGCUUUGGAUUUGGGCAGUUCCGAUAAUCUGACCGACGACGGGCUGCAUAAGUUUUUGUCGCGAUAUGGUCACCAAUUAUGGGGAUUAGCUCUAUCGGGUAUGCCGCACAUCACCGAUCAACUAUGGCAAAGCGUGUUGCCCAUAUUGACCAACGCCAAAAUCCUCGUGAUGGGAACACAGGAAAGGCUUGGCGUGAACAUUCACGUGGACCAGUUGAUGGACGGAAUUGCCAACAAUUGCCCGAAUUUGGAACGGUUGGAGCUGCGUUGGGAUCCAGAGAAUCUUCGAUUCUCCGAUAAGAGUCAGAAGGCUAUAGACAUACUUCGCGUGAAGUGCAUUAAGUUACGAUGUUUAAGCUUGAGCGAUGGAAGAUACUAUGAGAUAGUUAAGGCCAAUUUCGAACGUGCCGAUAGACUGACGGUCGUACGGACGACCACAUGCUGUCGCGUCUCUAAUUACUACCUCUUAGCCAAUUACAAAGAUUUAGUUUUUAAUUAAUUUUUAUGAUAAGCUGUUCACACAAAGCUGUAAGGGAUCUAUGAACGAAUUUCUAAAUAAUAUUGAAUUACUGAGAUGAAUAAGCAUAUCGAGAAGGAAUAAUGAGUCUAUCUACGACUGUUUGAGUAUUUAUCCCUGGUAUUACAAGAUGAAAUGCGAAAGAUAACGAUAUACAUAUUUUUUUACUCUAUUUUCAAGCGUGUAGUAUUGGUAAAAAAAAACAUUUUAGACCUAAUUUCCUUAUCCCACUGUUAUACUUAAUCGAAGAAAGAAAGACAAAAUGAGAUUGAGAAAUUAUAAUUGUUAUCAAUGAAAAUCAUUAUGAAGAACCUUGAGAAAUAGAGGCGCAAAUGUAAUUAGAUUUAUCGCGCUAAAAAAAAUUCGUCAGAAUAUAAUAUUGACACGAUAGACACGCACAAUGAUUGUUUUAGUGUUGGUAAUAUCGAUUAUUCGCUAAUUUAUUCAUGCAUCCGUGUAGACGACGACGACGUCGCACUGGCCACGGCUGGUCGGUCGAUUUCAUUCUCUAGCCUAGCCACAUGCCAGACCUUUCGUUUAUAUGUUGCGUUAUAGUCGACGCAGAACCGUCGUGUGGCUUACACGACUUUUCGCAUGAUUCCCGUAAUUUUUCGUCCCUAUCGUUGUGUCUCCUUCCUCAUUGCUCGUUUCAUCCCCGAUCUUCCGUCAUGUCUGACAUCGAGGAAGAUCUGACCACAAAGAAGCUGAAGAUUGUCCUAGUUGGUGAUUCCGGGUCCGGCAAAGUGAGUUUUCCAAUCUUCUCAGCGCUCGCUUUGUCACUUCAGUAAUUAUGUUACAAAUUGUAUUAAAGAACGGUUAACGUAAGUUAUUUCUUUUCACAAGAAUCACAAAAAAACGUCCUCAUACAAAAAUUGAAAGUGUAAUUAAAAUUAUUGACAAGUUUGCAUUUUUUAUAUUUUCGUUAAACAUUGCAAUUAAUUUUAUUUACGAUCGUGUAAUUUUGAAUGAAGGUAUACAAGUGUUGUAGAUGUAAAUACUUGUAACUCGUAUAAUUAAAUCGUUUCGAGUUCAGUGUGCCUGAACUUCGAAGAGUCAAGCAA